UGACGGCGCUUCCGGCUGGGGACGUGGCUCGGCGCCGCCAUCUUGUGGGGCCGCCCGAGGAGACGCGGAGCGCGAAGGGAGCGAGUGCGGAGCCCAGCACCGCCGCCAUGGUGCUGUUGGCAGCAGCUGUCUGCACAAAGGCGGGGAAGGCCAUAGUCUCCCGGCAGUUUGUGGAGAUGACUCGGACCCGCAUUGAGGGGUUGCUGGCUGCUUUCCCAAAGCUGAUGAAUACAGGGAAGCAGCACACCUUUGUGGAAACAGAGAGUGUGCGGUAUGUUUAUCAGCCAAUGGAGAAGCUGUACAUGGUACUGAUCACCACCAAGAACAGCAACAUCCUGGAAGACCUAGAAACACUCCGUCUCUUCUCUAGAGUGAUCCCUGAAUAUUGUCGAGCUCUGGAGGAGAAUGAGAUCUCCGAACACUGCUUUGACCUGAUUUUUGCCUUUGAUGAGAUUGUUGCUUUGGGCUACCGUGAGAACGUAAAUCUGGCACAAAUUCGGACCUUCACCGAGAUGGACUCCCAUGAAGAAAAGGUGUUUCGAGCAGUCAGAGAGACUCAGGAACGCGAAGCAAAAGCUGAGAUGCGCCGUAAAGCAAAGGAAUUGCAACAAGCCCGGAGGGACGCAGAGAGACAGGGCAAAAAGGCACCGGGCUUCGGUGGCUUUGGUAGCUCGGCCAUGUCUGGAGGCACAACAGCAGCAAUGAUCACAGAGACCAUCAUUGAAACGGAGAAGCCCAAAGUGGCACCAGCGCCUGCCAGGCCUUCAGGUCCCAGUAAAGCCUUGAAACUUGGUGCUAAGGGGAAGGAGGUGGACAACUUUGUGGACAAGCUGAAGCUGGAAGGAGAAAAUAUCAUGACUUCUGUAGGCAAGCGCACUACGGAAGCAGCCAAAGUUCUUGCUCCUCCUGUUAACAUGGAGAGUGUGCACAUGAAAAUAGAGGAGAAAAUUUCCUUGACCUGCGGCCGUGACGGAGGGUUGCAGAACAUGGAGCUGCAUGGCAUGAUCAUGCUGCACGUUUCUGAUGAAAAGUUUGCAAGGAUUCGCCUGCAUGUAGAAAAUGAAGACAAGAGGGGAGUGCAGCUGCAGACUCACCCGAAUGUGGACAAGAAGCUCUUCACUGCAGAAUCACAGAUUGGUUUGAAGAACCCAGAGAAGUCAUUCCCUAUUAACAGUGAUGUGGGUGUGCUGAAGUGGAGGUUGCAGACCACGGAAGAGUCCUUCAUUCCAUUGACAAUUAACUGCUGGCCAUCAGAAAGCGGGAACAGUUGUGAUGUUAACAUUGAAUACGAGUUGCAAGAGGAGAGCCUAGAGCUGAACGAUGUGAUUAUCACCAUCCCCUUGCCGUCUGGUGUCGGCGCCCCAGUGAUUGGGGAAAUUGAUGGUGAGUAUCGCCACGACAGCCGGCGGAAUCUCCUCGAGUGGUGCCUGCCAGUGAUCGAUGCCAAAAACAAGAGUGGCAGCCUGGAAUUCAGCAUAGCAGGGCAGCCAAGUGACUUCUUCCCAGUGCAAGUCUCCUUCAUCUCCAAAAAGAGCUAUUGCAACAUACAGGUUACCAAAGUGACCCAGGUAGAUGGGAACAGCCCUGUAAGGUUUUCUACUGAAACCACCUUCCUGGUGGACAAGUACGAAAUCCUGUAAUGCCAGCUAUGGGGAAUCGCAAUGGAAGAAAUUUUUAAAUUAAAAAUAAAAAAAGAGGCCGAAGUUUAUUCUGAAUGUUGGGAACGCCGCAGCCCCUCUCUGCUAAGACACAUGGCUCUGUCUGCCAUCUGCAGCAUUCCUGGGUCACAGACAUUUUUGGCAGGGAAUUGACAUGCUUAUGGGGGGAAAGGCUACAAAUUUCUUUGGCAGAUUUCUACCGGCCGGCAGAAAAGCAAGAUCUCCACAGAGAACCUGGCUUUGUCAUGUCCCCUUCUCCCCUGAUGGCGACCCGAGCUCAGUUCCAGAGCCUACCAGACAUCGUUCUCUUCCCUCCUGAAGUGUCACACACUGUUCCGUUGUUGGUGCUGCCAUUUAAAUUUCAUCUCGGCCUUCAACUCUAGUUCCCGUUGAUGAAAGCAGGCAUCAAGAUAAUGUGUGUGGGGGCGCCUCACUUCUCUGGACCCUUCUGUCUGGUAGAAGCAGAGCGAGUUGGCCUCAGUUUCAAAGAUGGGGGGUUGUGGGAUGGGGAAGGGGGCAUUUGGGGCUUGGAUCCUUUUGCUCCAUGUGGUUACUGCUCUCUCCCCAGCCCUGCUGUUCAGUGACAGCCCUACCCCUGGACUUGCCUCUCUGCCUCAGGGAGGGCUCUGAGGUAGCGCAGGCUGCAGCUCCGGAUGCUUUAGUUCCUGCUGCAGGGGGAAGUGUCCAGAAGGCACUGUCCUGUGCACUGGCUCGUUGUCUGCUGCAGCUACUCUUGAGCCGGGCUUUGGAGGCAGCUUAAUUAAGUUGGAACCAGCUGUGUGUCCUUCCUGGGGCCCUUUUGGUGUCUUGGGAAGUUGAAGGCUUGGCCUGCCUCAGUGCAAGGAGCCACGGAGACCAGGUGACUCAGCCUGUGUGCCAGGACCUGUCCCAAACUAGUGUUUUUUCUCAGCGCUUGCAGAUGGAGGAGAAGGUGAUGCUGGUUUCCAGAGAAUGUGGGGGCUGAUCCCAGUGGGAGCAGCACUCCAGCAUGGUGUCUGCCCUCCCAGUGACAUUGUUCUGCCUGUUCCCCUGCCAGCAUUAGUUGCCUCAUCUCACAGACCUGUGCUCGCCUCGAAACUCAUCUCACCUGCUUGAAUUGGAGCCUGUCACUGACAACCUGGCUGGCCACCAGCAAGGGCUGCAGGGAGGCCACGCCAGCUGCGGCCGUAGGUCCUGAGCAUGCAGAUGGAAAGCAAAUCCCUGAAAAGCAAGUUGUAUUCUGCUCCCGUGGGGUCCUCUGCCAAAGAAGUUUGUGGUCUCUCCUCUGCCAGCAGCACUCAAGAGGAAAUCAACCCUGAUCCCUGGCCAGGGAGGAGUGGGGAGAGCAGAUCCUGGUCCGUAGCAAAGUAGGUGAUGGAUCCCAUUAACUUGGUCAUGUUGGAGAGUCGCUUGUCUGUCUGAUUUUUUUU